AGCGCAAACUGAUUAGUUACAUGCGGAUAAAAGCUCUAGUGUCCUUCGGUGGCUGACAAGGAGAGGAGGUCCAAGCAGCUCUUCAUCAAGGAAAACACUCGGGCUCGCAAAAUAAGACUGGAAAGAUGUCAAACGAAGCGUGGUUGAAAGAGCAUCACUCGCAGAUCGAGGAGAGAGACGUGAAAGCAGCGUUGAAAAGCGACAAAGGCGAUGGAGCGCAGCUGGUGUCUUGGACCAUCGUCGACUUCACGCAGAAGGGCGACAACUACGCGACUGUCGUGACCAGCGUCGAAGUGACCUACACGUUAAAAGGAAAGGAAGGAAAUGUCACCUACGUCGUGAAAAUCUGUCCUUUGCGGGGAAUGGGAAGCAUGAAAGCUCUUCAGGUGGUGUUUUUUCAAAAGGAGACCCUUAUAUACAAGCAGAUUGCCCCUCUCUUGAACGAAACCUUGGCUAAGCAUGGACUCGAACCCCUCUCCAUCCCAAAAUUCUAUUACAAUUCCGACGAGAGAGGCCGAGAGCUGAUUUUCCUGGAAGACCUUCGACCGAGAGGUUUCAAGAUGGUGGACCGCAAGGUUGGGAUGGACGCCAAGCACAGCGUCUUGGUGAUAGAAUCUUUAGCCCGAUUCCAUGGGGCGUCGCUGCUCUUGACCGAAAAUCUCUCUUUCGAGGACCUACUCGAAAAAUACCCAGUCCUAAAGCUGGAUUGGCACAACUUUAACGAAGAAGCGGCCGAGAUUCUUGGCGAGAUGUUCGAGCCUUGUAUGCAGACCACGGCGGAGUUGCUGCAGAGCGUCGGGGAAUACUGCAGAGCAGAAAAAUGGCUGCUGGAGAGCAAGGGGGUCAUUCAAGAAAAACUAGGUCGGCUCUUAGACACGAAAGACCCCUACCGUGUUCUUUGCCAUGGGGACUGCUGGAACAAUAACGUUCUUUUCAGGUACGACGAAGAAGGAAACCCAGUCGAGGUCAUGCUCGUUGACCUGCAGGUAUCGAGAGUGUCAUCCUUCGCCACUGACCUCAACUACUUCCUGAUGACGAGCUUAACGGGCGAGGUCAGACAGGAGAACGAACAUCUGUUCCUGAAGGCCUACACCGAGAAGCUGGCUUCCCUGAUGUCCUCCGCAGGGAAGAAGAAUAAUAAGAAGAAGACGCCCUUCACUUUCGACGAGAUCCUUGGGGAGUACCGCAGGAAGCACGAGUACGGCCUCAUCUUCGCCGUCAUGAUCGUAUUCAUCAUCGUCGCGCCGAGGGAGGAGAUUCCCGACUUCCACGACAUGCAGGAGGAGGACAUCCCCAAAGUGGUGGAGGAGAUGAAGGAGAAGUCCAUCAAAAUGAUCAAGACGAAUCCCCUCUUCAAGUCUCGCUUCUUAGCCACGUUUGAUUACAUGUCAGAUAAAGGCAUAUUUUAGCGACGUUUGUUCAUAGUUUUUUUAGGUUGGUCCAUAGCUGUGAUAUUUUUCUUUUUCGUUAACAUCCUUAAAGCUCCCACUUCCCUCAGAGACAUUUUUUUAUGCACCCGUAGGCAGUGUACGAUUAGGUAAAUGUUCUGUAAUUUUCUAAUGACAUUAUUUCUCCCAAAAAAUAUGAUUAAUGACAUACAACAUUUAAAACCUGUAUAUUCCUUCCUGCAUAAUAUGCUAAUCAUAUGCAGGCAAUGCACGAAUGAUGUUACAUUAUAUUACAUGAUUUUUGCAUUAUCCAAGAGAGAUAAAUGAAUAACUAACUUGUCAAUUUGCUGACAGAUAAACGGAAAUAAACAGAUAAAUAAAUAAAAAGAUAUUGAUGCCUUAAAGUUAUACAGCGUUAUUGCUUGGUCAGUAACCAUUCCACCUUGGAAAUGAACUCCUACGAUGCGUUUUUAAGACGGAUGUCAUUCAUGGAUCAUUGAUUAAAAGUGUUAUCAAGGAUGACCUAUUCGAUCGAUCAGUGUUCGUUGAUGCUUGAACGUGAGAAAAAAAAUGAGAUUACAUCUUCAUGAUAUUUUUCCAAGCUUAAAACAUCCUCCUCUAUUCAUUAGUAAUUCAAAACUAUAUCCGCAAAUCAUAAGAGCUCCCAUAUUGAAACUAGUUUCUUUUUGGAACUUUCAUGUUAUAAAACACAUAUAUAUCGCAACGAAUUCGAUUUCCAGUCUACGUCAUUCUGUUAUUCCCUUCUUUUUCAAUUAUUAUUAUUAUUAUUAUUAUUAUUCUCUUAUCCAUUACGAUGAAAGUCAAGUUAAUUGCUGUUGAAUGCUUUUCACCUUUUAGUUCCUGAGCAAGGCGCAGUCAAACUUAUGUCCCCAUUAUUAUUAUUAUUAUUAUUAUUAUUAUUAUUAUUAUUAUUAUUAUUAUUAUUAUUAUUAUUAUUAUUAUCCAAGCUGUAUCCCUAGUCGGAACUGGAGGGGACUGGCUUUAUGUGUGGGAACAGUUGAGGAUUAAAUACAUACUUCUGUAAAUACAAAGAAGCACAUUAAUAAUAAUAAUAAAAAAAAGUU